AUGAACAAUCAUCAACUGGAAUUGGCAAAGCAGCUACACAAAGAGGGAAAUCUCUUCUACUGUACCUGUAGGAUCCUGCCUUGACUUGGACCAUCUAGUCCCCUGCUUCCUGCUCCUGGGAGGUACCAGGAUUCCAUACCACUGACUCUAACUGCUCCUUCAUGCCUAGACCUUGCACUGCUUUCUGAGUACACCACUGCCUAUUCUUAGGUGCACCCUACUUUUGCUCAUCCUACACUUCUAUUUCUUCCCUGUGGCACGAUGCAUAAAAGAUGGAAAAAGUACUGCAGCCAGAAGUCUUUGAAUGAGGCAUCAAUGGAUGAAUAUUUAGGCAGUUUAGGGCUGUUUCGAAAACUGACUGCCAAGGAUGCCUCUUGCCUCUUUCGGGCUAUUUCAGAGCAGUUAUUUUGUAGCCAGGUCCAUCAUUUACAAGUCAGGAAGGCUUGCGUCUUAUAUAUGAAGGAGAAUCAACAAACUUUUGAGUCUUAUGUGGAAGGAUCUUUUGAGAAAUACCUGGAACGUUUGGGAGAUCCCAAGGAAAGUGCUGGCCACCUGGAAAUACGAGCUCUUUCUCUCAUUUAUGAUCGGGAUUUCAUUCUUUAUCGCAGUCCUGGAAAGCCACCAACUUACGUCACAGAUAAUGGCUUUGAAGACAAGAUUGUACUCAGCUAUACAAAUAAUGGUCAUUAUGAUUCUGUGUACUCAAAACAAUUUCAGACAAGUGCAGCCAUUUGUCAGGCUGUACUGUAUGAAAUGCUAUAUAAAGAUGUAUUUAUCGUAGAUGAAGAAGUGUUGGAAACUGCAAUUAGUUUGUUUCGAAGUGGUUCCAGGAAGAAUAGAAACAAUGCUGUGACUGGAAGUAAGCAUGCUGAUACUGAUCCGAAGAGUUCAACUCAGGAUAGGACUGAAGAGUGUGUAGCCUACUGCAGUGUUGAAAAUAUCCCAGAGGGAUGUACUCAAGGAUCAGAAGAACCAAAGUCUCCAGAAAAUCUGCCAAAGUUGCUCUUCCCCUUUAAGGUGCUCAAAGCCCUCGAUCCAGAAAUCUAUCGUAAUGUAGAGUUUGAUGUUUGGUUAGAUAGCAGAAAAGAACUCCAGAAAUCAGAUUACCUAGAGUAUGCUGGGAGACAGUAUUAUUUGGGAGACAAGUGUCAGGUUUGCUUGAAAUUAGAUGGAAAAUACUAUAAUGCUCACAUUCAGGAAGUAGGAAAUGAGAAUAACUCAGUAACAGUUUUCAUUGAAGAACUGGCAGAAAAGCAUGUUGUUCCACUGGCUAAUUUAAAACCAGUUACCCAAGUGGCAUCUGUUCCUUCCUGGAAUGCUGUACCAAGUCGGAAAGGAAGAGGCUACCACAAAAUACCUGGGAGCUAUGUCCCGGAAAUAGCUAUGUCCGAGAUGAGCAUAAAGCAGCGGAAGAAGAGCUUCAAAAAAGGUCGAGGGAAGGAGGUCUAUAUGAAUAUGGCUUAUAGCAGAGGAGAGCCCAUGCUCCCACCUCGGCUUCACCAUGGAAUGCGUUACGGACAUGGUCCGCCGCUGCAGUACUCUCAGCUGGCUGGCAAUGUUCCAGCUCCAGUCUUACCUAACUGUGCAGCAGGUGAUCAAUCUAGUAGUACCUCAUCCGUGUCCUCACAGAAUUGUUUACAGCCUGUGUUUGUCACUCCACCUACACACGGCAAGCCAGGUGCUAUGGCCUCUCUGCCACCACCACCACCUCUGCCACCACUACCACCACCUCCACCACUUCCUCCUCCCCCUCUUGAGGUAGGAGAAGCUUCUAACCUACCACCACCACCUCCACCUUAUUCAUGUGAUCCGAAUGGAAGUGAUCUGCCUCAAGAUAUAAAAGUUUUGCAGUAUUAUUUCAACCUGGGAUUGCAGUGCUAUCACCACAACUACUGGCAUUCUACAUUCUACAUGCCACAAAUGCAGCCACAGCAACUUCCAAUCUUCACUGAGUCACCUCUGGUAGAGCAAACUGUUCCUCACUUAUACAAUGAGGUAGAGACCGCCGAUGGCACACAGGCAGAAGCAUCGACAAAUAAUACUUUUCCAAAUGCUGACCCUGCAUCUGUCCCUCAUGGAACAGUUUAUUAUCCAGUAAUGUCAGAUCCUUAUAGACAGCCACCUUUGCCAGGUUUUGAUUCCUGCUUUCCUCUUGUGCCAGAUUAUCCCUAUGUUACCACCUGGCAUCCAGUUGGUGCAACAUAUGGUGGUUCUUCACAAAUCCAUGGUGCUAUAAAUCCUGUCCCAGUUGGCUAUACAGCUUCACCUCACUUGGCUUCUCAUUAUAUACCUCAGAAUAUGUAA